GAUAAUAGGCAGUUAUAUCAAAAAGUAGUUCACAAUAUCCUAUGACCUCAGUGGCUUUUAUUUGACCCUAUUUUGUUCUUUUCGAACACCAAACCAAACCACGCCCACAGACCUUGGGCUCUAAAUUUACAACGAGGACGUUCUACUAGUAACUUAAUCCUACGUAAAUACCUGACAUGAUUGUAACUAGAAAUUCGAUUUUAACGUUGUACGGCAGCAACAACCUUACAAUCUCCUGUGUGUGUAUAAUUUAUUUAUCAGGGUUCGCUCACACACAAAUGCGAUUUCGUUCGUACAGUGCAGGGAAUACCCUACGCUCGAGAUCUCUAUGUAUUUUCAAAACACUUCCGCAUGUGGAUGUGGAUGCACAACUUCCCCCAUUUUGCAAUACCAUCACAUUACCACACUCCACAUAUUCGUUAGCUGACUGGAAUUAGGACAUCAAUUUUGCCGCGAUAUUGGUGAGAGAACUGACCAGAUUUUGCUGUUUCUGCACACCUUAGCAGGAAAAUUAAACGUAUGAGCUUCAUCGGGGGAACUAGUAGCAGGAAUACGGGCUGGAGAUAAUCAUUACAUGAUGACUUCGACAUCGGAAAUACCAGCGGAAAUACUUGCUGGAGUGAAGCAAGCGCUUGGUCGAAACUAUGAACAUGGUCCAAUCAAACUGGUCAAGAUGACCAAAGGCACUGAGCUGGAGGAUAGAGUAUUGGCACUCACUCAAUACAGGACCUAUAUCCUACUCUUCACAGCAAAGCCAAAGAUCGAGUACAAAUUCAAUCAUCUUGAAAUCGAUUCGUUGGAGAGUGAGAAGCCACUCAAGCUGAAGUUUGGUUUUCCAAAGGAGAAAGAUCGUGAUAAAUCUCACAGCUUCCUGAUGAAGACUGUCAAUGACUCUUUAGAUGUUGUCGAGUUCAUUUUGAAAUCUCUUCAAAGGGUAUUCCCCCUCACAAGCAUGGAGAAACUGAUCAGACGGAUCCACCUGGAGCCCCAGGAGCGUCAGAGCCACAUGGAGGCGAGGCUCAAUCGUAUGUCCAUCGUGGAGCAGGGACCCUGCGGUGGGUUCAGCCACAUGUACAAGUUCAUGUGUGAUUACUUUGAUCUGCCCUAUCUUGCUGAAGUAGCUUGGGAUGUGGAUACCAUCUAUCUAUCUCAAGAUUGUAAAGAGCUGAGGAUAAAUGACUUUGACGACCUAGAGGCAAAACACAUGUUGCCUAUCAUAGCAGUACUAAACUACAACACAUGGUUCACACAUCUCACAGUGGUCAACUACAAGCUAACAUCAGAAGCCUUGAAGGAGAUUCCUAAAGUCAUUCUCACGUCACACACUCUGGAAAGUCUAACUCUAGAUGGGGUUGGAUUGAAGUGGGAUUUCUUGCAAGAGAUGAGCAUAUCUCUGACAGCAAACACAGCAUCUAACCUCCGCAGUAUCAACCUCUCCAACAACCCCAUAGAUGAUAGAGGGAUACGUCAUCUGUGUGGUCCACUACAGAAGAUGACCCAUGGUCUGGUAGAACUUAGACUGGUCAAGACUGGGAUGACCGCUGAAGGUGCGUCUCACCUUGGCAAGGCACUUGGAGAGAACAACUUCAUUCCUACGACACUGAAGGUCUUGGAUCUAUCAGGCAAUGCCUUCAAGGAUGCACAGCAUGGGUUCAGCAAUUCUUCUUCAUCAUACUCUUUUAGCCGUACCCAGGGCAAGGCUACCAGAAAAUCCGCCUCUUCUCUGAUCUCCGGUUUGUCCAAAAAGCGAGUGACGCGCAAGGGUAGAGGGAGUGUUUUUCUCUCUUCAUUUUCUUUUUGCAGUUGUCAGAACUUGUACAACUUUCUGUACCAGUCCAACAACAUCACCCAUCUGAACCUGGCAGACACGGAUUGCUCUCUCAAUCACAUCUUUGAAGCGCUUCACAAAGGCUGCUUCUUAAGCAUGGUUCAUCUCAACCUGUCGGGAACCUUUGCUCAUAGUAAACAUCAUUCCGCAGUGCCAAGACAAGUCAAGAACUUCUUCACCUCAGCCAGAAGCCUCAAGACUCUCAACAUGUCCAGGAAUAGAUGCCCUCCAGCACUAGUCAGAGAGAUCUUGGAAAGCAUUGGUUACAACAAGGACCUGGAGAGAGUAGAGAUUGAUCUAAGCAGCAAUGAGCUUGGUCAAGAAGGAGCUGAUGCAAUCAGUAGCUGUAUCUCAAUGCUGGACAACGUCACAACACUCAAUCUCCGUGACAACAGCUUCAAUGUUGCCAUGGUAUCGCUGGUAGCCUGGAUGGGACAGAACCGCUCCUUAGAGUCUGUAGACCUCAGUCAAAACAUGAACCCUAACAGCAAGAAAGCUGACAGAGAGAAGGUGGUGGUUGCUCUGGAAGAAAUGAUACAAAACCCAGACCUGCCUCUUCACACCAUUCAACUAGCCAACAACCGAUUCCGUUUGGAGACUCAACAACUGAUCAAUGCUUUAGGCAGUAACACAACUUUACUGUCUGUGGAUCUCAGUGGCAAUGAGAUGAAAGACAUCGGGGCUCGACUACUUGCCAAAGCUCUCCAGAUCAACAACAAACUACAGGUGGUGGUCAUUGACAACAACAGCAUCGGUGUACAAGGUUUUCAAGAUCUAGCUCAAGCAAUGGAGAGGAAUUUCACCAUGAAGAAGAUCCCGAUUCCUACAUCUGAUAUGAUAGCAUCAAUGGGGAGGAACCACGAGAAGACUGAAACAGCCAUCCAGAAGAUCCAGGAAUACCUUCAGCGUAAUCACAGUCCAAGGAAGUUCUCUAACAAACAAGCUUUCCUCCUGCAAAGAGGAUUCCUCUACACAACAGCUCACCAGAUGGUAGACAAGUUGGUUGUUCACAUAGAAGACAUGGCUACAGAACUCACCCAGAAGUCGGACAUGGAACUCCAAGAAAAGAUCAGCAAGGCUAGAGGUCUCAUUGAUGAUGCCAACAACUCCAAGAAGAUCUAUGACAUCCUGCAGAUGGUUGUAGGACGAUCAAACGACGAGGAUUUGACCGAGAAGCUAAGAUCGAUUGCUUGCCUCAUAGAAUCAGAGAUGGAAGCACGUCUAGAGCUUACUGCCAAUGGCAUGGUAGACGGGACCAGCCAACUAUGUAGCUAUGUGAUGCAAGAUCGAGGUCUGUAUGAGAAGAUAGAAGAUACUUGUCGUGAGCAUUACAAGCUACCUCAACGCUUCGUAGAGGACCUUGUGGAUCAGAUCGGUGCUGAGACUAGUAAUCAAUGCAGUGAAGCUAACCUAGCUAUGGCAUCCUUCAUAUCAGACUCCAUCUUGGAUGAAAUCAUUGAGCAACUCUCCAGUGUGGAAGCAGAGCUGUCUGAUGAACUCAAGAAGUUCCGAGAUGAUGUCGCCAACGGGACAACGGUCCGAAUGGUGGACAGCAUAUCUGAUGAGUCUAUAGACAUGGAAGAAGACGAGAAAGAAGAAGAGGAGGAUGAGGAGGAGAAUGAUGAAGGAAAGACAGAGGAGGAGAAGGUGGUCGAGAAGGAGAAGGUGGAAAUCAAAGUUGAGUCAGCUGACGGAGAUGAUGCUGAUGAGGGAGCCCUUCCGAACGGUAGCAUGGAGGAAUCGAAAGGAGAUGAGGACACUGGGGCAAGCAGAGAAGGACAAGAUUUGCCCCUACCUAGCCCUCCACCUAUGACCAAGAAGCACAAUAUUCGAAUCCAGAGACACAAGAGCAUGAAGCGACCUGUUUCUGAAUUUCAACCUGCGAUCACUCUGACUGAUCUAGAUGUAGAUGAGGUUGCUAAACCAGAUGAAAGGCUGAGUCCCAGUCCUCUAACGGACAUUCCCAACCUACCGGAACCUAACACGUCGCAGACAGAUGGUGGCCUUCCUAUCACUCCUGUCACUAAGGGUCCCCCUUCAAAACGAAAGCAAGAUCCUCCUAAGCACAAGCCUAAUUCUAAACCCAAGCGCGUUGAUGUUGACUUUGAAGCUGUAUCAUGCCAGGCAGCUACAACUCUUCGGGACCCGAGAGUUGAUCGUCCUAGGGUUAGUCGUGCUUUCAGACCGGAGCGUGCCCGCCCUCCUCGUCGUCCGGUCAACGCUAAUCCCAGCCCGGAAGCCGUGGUAGAAGAGGAGAGUUUGGAUGAUCUAUCAGCUAUGUUUAGCUCACCUAUCGUUGAAGGGUUUGAACCUAAUGAGAGCCCAUCAUCUAGUCCAGCAGGAUCACAUUCUAAUCUAUCUGACCCUAAGAAAUCAGAAAAGAAGAAAUUAUUUGGAGGCUUGUUUACCAAGAAAAAUAAAGAAGACAAGAAGGAAAACAAGAAAGAAAAGAAAGAAAGUAAGAAGGAAAAGAAGGAAAGAGAGGAGAGAGAAAAGAAAGAAAGGGAGGCGAAAGAGAAGAAACAAAAGGAAGAAAAGGAAAAGAAAGAAAAAGAAGAAAAGGAGAAGAAGAGCAAGAAAAAGGACAAGACACCAAUCUCUCCUUCCUCUUCCUACAAAAGUGAGCCAGCCUUUGAUGACAUUGACCGAGCUAGUAAAGCAGAGCCCAAAUCUCCUCAUCUCGACCUGUCUUCCACACUGGACUCUACUCACGAUGCAGGUGCAGGAAAGGGGAAAGCAGAACAUGAGGGAGACACUACUGAUGCCCCUACCAAGCCUGACCUGACAGACGACCAACCUAAAGAUAAGAUGGAUGAACCUGCUGCAGUGUCUCCCAAGCUGAUGCCCAAGGUAGCACUGCGUCCCAAGACCCAGGUCAACUUGUUUGGAGCUGAUGUCAUGCAGCAGAUGAAGGAGAGGAAGAAUCUGAAGCCGUCUCAUAAUGAGGAUGUAAAGGAGAGUCCUGAGCCAAAGAGUCCACCGGCAGCUCUCAAGCCAGCCUUGCGGUCUUCCCUGCCCACUUCUGAAAAAGUAUCCCCCAAACCCCUGGUCCUUCCAACGUCUCCAUCAAGAAAUCCCUCAUCACCUAACCAAUCCCCAGCCAUGUCUCCGCUCUCACCUACAUCCUCAUCACCGAGCCCGAUAUCACCAAGACCGGUGUCCACGUCGCCCAAACCAACCCCUGUUUCCAGGCCCAUACCCAAACCAAGGAAGUCAGAACUCCCAGCAGGUGCUGAUGCAAAAGCACCGGUAAAGGAGAUGAAAGAGGAAGAGGAGAAAGAGAAGGAAGAGGCUGCAAGGUCAGGAUCUGCAAAGAGCACAUCCUCGAUUUCUGGGGAGAAGGCAGAGGCUGCAAGGUCAGGAUCUGCAAAGAGCAGAUCAUCGAUUUCUGGGGAAAAGGCAGAGUCGGAUACUGCAAAGAUCGACAGCGAAGAACAGCCACCUGCUGCUGUAGUAGAUCCCAAGCCCCACAAAGAAGAAGCAGCUGAAAAGACCAAAUCAGAAUUGGAAGAAAAAGCCUCAACAGAAAAGAAGCAGGUGGAAGAAUCUGUCCUGAACCAACUAGAGGAUAAACACCAAGAUGAGAAGAAGGAAGAGAGUCCAAAGAAGCCUGAUGAAAAGGAAGUAGUGCAAGAAGAGAAACUACAGGAGAAAACACCAGGAAAGGAAGAGACUCCUGUUGUUAGUGUAGACAGGAGUAAGUCUGCUGAAAGCGAUGAAACAAAGGCUUCAGAAAGUGCUCCUAAGGACUCUUUUGUAAGAACAGGUUCUACAUCCAGUGACAAACCCUCUUCAUUGAUCUCAUCAGGGAGUCAGAACGAACCAGAGAAAAAGAGUGAACCUAUGACCACGCCAAAGAGAGACUCAACUAAGAGCGCAUCCCCACCCAUUGCCCCCAGGUCAUCAAUUAAUGAUGGCUCAACAAAGAGAUUGUCUUCAAAACCCAAGCCUGCAGUAUCUGUUAGACCUGUCUCCACCUUCCCCUCCAAACCAGUGCAGCCUCCGCCUAAACCAGAUGGCGUUGCUGACUUUAGGAAAUCUUUGAAACCUGUCACGGCUAGAAAACCUGAAGUUAAAGAAAGAGCGUCUCACAUAGGACUGGUCAAUUCAGGUCCCAAAGAGAGCAAUGGUGAAAGCAAUGAGAACAUACCAAGGAGACCAAGCGAUAUCAAGAAGAGAGGUUCAAGGACGUCUAUCAAUAACGGACAACCUCCAAAUGAUUCCGCUCCAAACACAGCAGCAGAGACACCGCUCAAAGAGGAAAGUGAAGACAAAUCAAAAGAAAAAGAUGCCAUCUUUGUUUGAAAGACUAGUCUUGUUUUCGGUCUAGAGGGAAUAGGCCAUGGACCUACUUAGGAUAGUUAUCUUCACAUAGAUUUCAGGGAGGAACUUGUCUUUGGAGCAGUUGCUGUUGAUUGUGGUCGAUUGCAAAUGUGUCAACCAGUCAAAAGUUAUGAUAUAAGUGUAGAAGUAGUGAUUUCUUUCUGGAACUGGAUGAUCCCUGUACCAUUACAACUAUGGAAAUUAGAGAAUUCAGUAGUCAUCAGGGUUAAUCUUCACGUUUCAAAGACAAAUCUCAAGUCAUCUUUAACUCUUUACCUGCUUCUCUAGACUAAUGGAACAAUAUUGAUUGCCAUAGUCAACGUUUGUCACACAUGCAGUGAACGUGUGUAAUAUAGAAGUGUACUUUAAUCAAUGUGGUAGUCUGGAGCUUUGUUCCAUGUCGAAUAAGGGGUUCAACUUGAGUGAAGAUUUCAUUUCAGUAGCCAUUGGUGCAACUCUAGUAGAUGUUUGAGUGGUUUUAGAAGCUGCUUGGUUUAUUCAAGAUGGUGUAGGGGUCAUCGAUUAUAGAAAUUUUAUUUGGUGGAGAGAUUCCUCUUAGUUGUUUUAAUUUGUAAAGAUAUUUGAUAAAUCAUGAACUGUUGUUUAAUUCAUUUGUAAUGAUUAUUGUAAAAACACAAUCAUCCAUGCCGAGAGAGAUUAUUUAAAGAGAUGUCUAUUACGAGCAACUCAAAUCAUGCUCCUUUGCAAAAGUAUCAUGUUAUUCAAGGAAAUAAGACUUGCAUGUAGUUACUCUGUCAUAAUCAUAUGUAUAUACAUGUAGGCCAAUUACUGAAAUGCUAAAGGCCUUCUUUGUUGGCCAGUUUAAAUGAUUUAUCAGGAUAACAAGAUAAUUUGGGUACUGGUUUCUAAACAGAUCAUGAUUUAUGGGAAUGAGUUCCAUUUUGAGAGGUUCCGUCUCAAAGAAUGACACUUUGUACUUAUCGAUUCAGUCUUUCAAAUGUUUUAUAUUUUGAAGUGUAUAUAAAACACAUUCUUGCUUUUCACGAACAGUUAUAAAAUGAAUUGAGACAACAUGAUUCUUUGUCAUUGUAAUUAUGGCUUUGAAAUAAGCAUGAUUGAUUUGGGCAAGGAGACAUGCCCUGUAUUAAAGCUCUGUUGUACAGAUAUUUAUGAAAUUCUAUUUUAUAAAUUUUUGCUUUGUAGACUGAGUUAUUUUAUAAUUAGUUUGCAAAAAUUAACCAAAUAUUUCUCAGUGUUCCAAUUUUUCACCAAAAAAAAUGUGAGUCCAAAUAUAGAUACCUGGAAAGCAACAUUUUAUUUUUCCACCUGAAUUUCCAACAAUGAUCAUAUUGUGUAUCAGGAACUUGCCAUUUUGUUUAAACUUUCUUUUAUAUUUUUUCAAAGAUUCUUUUGUAUUUAUGACUCUAUUCUGUUAUUGAGGAUGAUAUAUCUUUCCACAUAAUCUCUCUCAAUGGUUGUAAUGCCCAUUUCACACACGCUUGAGGAAUAUAUGAGCCUGCGAUAUUCAUUGAGCAUCAUGAAGAUUAUUUGUUGGUGAUAGUUUCAUUGUUAAAAAGUAGCCAAUUUCUUCCUUUGUUAAGCAUGUUAUAUAUUGUAUCACACAUGCUUUAAAGAUAGUUGCUCCAUGCCUGAUUUCUGUUUAACUUCAACAUGGUUCACUAUAUACCAAACACUUGCCCUACACAACUGCAAGCCAAACCCUAAGCCUAAUCUUUGACAAAAUGAAGCCCAGAAAACAUAUUGCUUGAGGAUAUGUUGGAUUACCUGCUGUAAUCACAACCAAAUUUGUUUGUAUAAAGAUAUAUUUUAAUAAUUCUCAUACAAUAGUGAAGCUUUGAUGCUUCCUCAUGUGUAAUAAAGAUAUUGUAUAUUCAAGAUUACUCAAGUUAUAUUUCUCAUAAGGCUAUGUUGGAUAUCGUAUGCUACAAUUUAGCAUCUCUCUGUGAUUUCAUGUCUUUGCUUCAUUUAUUCUCUCAAAUCUUCCAUGGAGGGAUCCGUAAAAUCCUUAGUCUUAUGCCAUAUUUGUAAAAAGAAUAAUUGUUCAUAAUUCCUGUUGUCAUGACAGCUGACAUUUUAAUGUACAGUCAGUGGAUAGAUUUGUAUAUAUUUGGCAAAUAUAAUGUAUUUUACACACUUUAGUUGUUAGAUAAGUCUACCAAAUCAGAUAAAUCUUGGUGGAGACAAGAUUAAAUUACUAUAUGGACCAAAUGGAAAAGGGAUUACUAAUGCCUGUAAAAUGUAUGUGUAGUUAAGCAUUUGUAAUUAGUAUAUGUAGCCUAUUUCACUGGUGAGAUGAAUUUACCAAUAUUAUGAUAUUGCAUGCUUUUUUUUCCCUGUAUUUAUUUUCUUUCUCAGUGAUAAGUUGUAAGCAGAAUAGAUAAAGGUAUAUUAUAAAAAGCACUUUGGGUAUUAAUACACUGAUGGAGAAACAUAACGAUCUCAAAAUGUAUGUAUUUCAUAGUAUAGUUUAUAUAUAUAACAAUUUAUGAAUACUCGAUGACUUUUUGUUUUUAACCAAGAAUCUGGGUGUCAGUAGUUGCUUAAUUGGAUAGAUUAUUAUUUUAUCUUGAUUUGGGAGGAGUUGAUAGAAGCUUUCAUCAUGAUGCUAAGCUUAGGGAUUAUUUUUUGAAGAUGGCCCUAAAUUGAUAUCAGCCCUUCUUAAAGAAUGAUACAGCUCUCACAUGUAGACACUGCUCCAAUAAUCCUUGAUUUACUAAAUUUGUAUUUAAAAGCAAGGUCUUGGCUGAUGAUGCAGUAACCAUACAUGUUUGUCUUUAUGAGCAAAUUAUAUUUCACGAUAAGGCACCUGAUAGUUGUAUUCACUAAAUAGAUUAACACAAUUGUAAUUAGUUUAUUUUUAAUUUAAAAUGUUAUUAUUUAGAUUUGGAAUGUACUUAUCAUGGCAACGCAAAUAGAUUUUAUUCAAAUAUAAUAUGCAAAACUUUGUAAAAAUAGCAAACACUUCAAGGGUAUUAUUGAUAAAAAAGGAACCAGUAUUCACAAAAAUGAAUAAGAUUUGAAUACCCUAACUGAUUGUCAGUCUCUGCUGCUGCUCAGGAAGUUAGAAGGAUGAGUUUCAAAAUGCACAAGGCUUUUCUUGUAUGAAAGUGAAAUAUAUUCCCAUUAAAGAUUACGUUUAGUUCUGCUAUUGCAUUGUGAGAAAAAAAAUUGUGUCACAUACAUAUACACUAAAGCAUACAGAGCAGUAAGUAUGCAUAAUGAGGGCCUUUGUUUGUGUGUUCCCCAAUAUAUUAUAUAUUUUGUCAUUUAUUUUAAGUUGUUCAUUUUUCCACUGAAGUUUCUUUUAGUUUGUGUACUACCCCAUGUUGGGACUGGACCCUGUUUCAUAAAACUUGAUAUCAAUAACUAGUUACAAUAACCGUUAUAAGCUACUGAAAUCAUGGCAUCUGAUUGGCUGAAAGCAAAUUUGUCAUAGAAAGUUAGCAUUUCUUUUUGAUCACAAGUUUUAUGAAACAGGGCCCUGGACUUUAAAUGAAUUCAUGAUAACUUAGUGUAUGUAAAUGAAGAAAAAAAGCUUUUCCAACAAAGAUGUUGAAAUCGUUUGUUUAUAUUCUUUCAUAUUUAUGUACCAUAGAACAUUUAUACUAUAGUAACUGAUUAUCAACUCAAUCCUGUCAUCGAGAUUAAGUCUUUUAGAUUGUUAGGGAUAUAGUUUAUGCAUAUUAAUCAUUGGCAGAAACAUAAUAAUAGAUUGAUAGUUACAAACAUUGCAAAUGACUUAUGAUUCCAUAUAUUUGAUGAUUUCCGUUUUUAUACAUAACACAUUUUCUUUACCAAAUCAAGAAACAAACUCAUUGUAUGCAAUUUAGCACAUUUUUAUCGACUGUAAGUGUAAUAUGAUAAUAAAAUAUGUAUAUUUUUUGUUGUUUGUUAAGAAAAAAAUACAAAUACUUCUUUUCAUGUGUAUUUCGUAAUUUCAUCUGUAAUGGUUUAUUAAUCCUUUAUUGUGGUAUCAUAUUAUAAUCAUAUCUACCAGCCAUGUUUAAUGUAUUUAUGACAUUCAGUCUUCCAACUUUCAUAAUGUAUGUUAUACUCCAGAUGUCAAACUAACAUAACAACUUCCUUAUUCUGUAUACUUCUGUAAACAAAAUUUAUAUGUGAACAAAUUAAUGAUGUGAAAUAAUAUAAUUAAUGUUUACGCAGUAUAAGUCGUUCAAUCCAUAACACACUAAAACCAUGCCAAGCAAUAUUAAGGUAGCGUAGCGAAAUGUUGUGGCACAAAAUGACAUGUCCAGGAUGCAACUGAGAGGCAUAAUAGAGACGUUUGUUAUUUUAAAGUUCUUUUUUGACAUAUCUGAAUGGAAUUUUAGCUAAUAUUAGACCUCAUCGAGAUGAAACAUGUAUUUACCUAUAGCUUGAUCCACAUGGUUGCAUGUACCUAUGUUGUUAAAAAUCAUGAUUUUCAAGAAUUAUGCAUUUUGUGUGCCAGACGCGUCUUUUCGUGCAUCACAUUUUAAGCUACCUAAUGAAUGCAACAUUCCUGAGAUUGUCUUCUGUAAUUCCUUGUAUUAUAAUGUAGCUUCCUUCAUCUCAGUGUUUUUCAGUUUCAUAUGUUUUUCCAUGAUUGUUUCAUUCUUUGUUUAUCUAUUAUAUACGUUCCCAUGAAUCUUGUUAACACAUUUCGUAGAAAGCUGUACAAAUAAGAAUAUAUUAGACAUGAAUGGGAUUAUAUAAACGUGAUAAUUUUGCUACAGAUUCUUUACUCCAUCAA